UAUCUUUCUAUUUAUGCACUUUUUUCCUACUUGUUUACAAUAUUAUUAUUUUUAUUAUUUCUCUAUUUUUCUCUUCUUCUUGACUAAAAUAAAAUAUUCUACUCAUUUGUUUUGUCCAUUUCCUUCAAAAGUUACUAAAAUAUGUAUCAUCAAAACCAGGAGUACUACCAUUUUCCUUGUUUGUGUUGCAACCCUCAUACUUACAUUAGAAUGGUACAAAAUAUGAUAGAGAGGUGUUUAGUGCUUGGGAUGGAUAGAGAUGAAUGCAUUAAGACAUUAGCUAUACAUGCCAGAAUCCGCCCACUCGUAACACUAACAGUGUGGAGAGAACUUAUAAAGGAGAACAAGGACUUCUUUCAAGCUUAUUUCACCAAUAUAUCAACACAAGUACCCUCCUUAAGCUUUCAAAGAGAACCAAGAUUUGGGAGAAGGAAACAAUAUUGGCAGUAAUUGAAGAAUGAAGAACAAGAUUUCUAGCUAGGAUGUAAUAUAUUUAUGCGUUUUCAAUCAUAAUCUUUUUUAUUUACUAGAUUCUGAAUAUAUAAUAUAUAAUAUAUACAUAUAUAUCAAACAAAUCUUUGUGUGUUAUGGAGCCUGAAAUUCGAACUUUAAGGAAUGUAUGUGAGUUUAGGACUCAUUAAAAGAAGGGAUAAUACAUGACCAAUCCAAUUUUAUUUAGACACUCGAAUU